AUGGUUGAAGCCAGUAUACCAAAGUAUUACACACUUGAAGAAAAGGAAUAUAUUGCACCUUAUUACACUGUGCGAGAUGAUUAUCAACAUUAUCAAUCCUUAAAUACACCCAUUGUUAUUGAUAAUGGAUCUAAACAAUGCAGAGCCGGUUGGGCUACGGAAAAACUCCCUUCGCUUGUCUUUGAUAAUGUCGUUUCAAAAUAUAAAGAUCGUCGACUCAACACCAAUACUUUGGCUGUUGGAAUGGAUGCCUUGGCAGAUCCAGCAGCUAAAUCAAGUGCUCGUUCACCAUUUGAUGCUAAUGUUGUUUGUGAUUUUGAAAAGAUGGAAAAUGUCUUGGAUUAUAUAUUUUUACUGUUGGGCAUAAACACAUCGAGCAUACAGCAUCCUAUCAUCAUGACAGAGGCUGUUUGUAAUCCAAGUUAUAGUCGAAACUUGAUGAACGAGCUUUUAUUUGAAGGAUACAGAGUGCCUUCAGUUGCCUAUGGUAUAGAUUCGUUAUUCAGCUACUAUGCAAAUAAUGGAACCAAGGAUGACGGUGGUAUAAUCAUAUCUUCAGGAAAUACAUCAACCCAUAUUAUUCCAACCAUUGGAGGCAGAGGUGUGCUUUCUAAAACAAAACGGAUCAACUAUGGAGGCACACAAGCUACAGACUACAUGUUAAAGUUGAUGCAGCUUAAGUAUCCUACAUUUCCAACCAAGAUGACAGUCGGACAGGCAGAAGAUCUUGUCCGUACACAUACAUUUGUUGCCAAAGAUUAUCAAGAGGCAUUGAAACGAAUAGAAGAUAGAGACACGUUUCAAGAGAUAGAUAGAAUCAUUCAGUUCCCUUUUGCCGCACCCAUUGUGGAAGAGAAAUCUGCAGAGGAGUUGGCAAGACAGGCAGCUAAAAGGGAAGAGAAUGCGCGAAGACUACGUGAAUCAGCAGCUCGAUCUCGAUUAGAAAAAUUGGUUGCUCGUGAACAACAAUAUGAAGCAUUUACCAAUUUGAAAAAUGCCAAAGGAACAAUAAAGAAAGCAGACUGGCUUGCUCAAUUAAAAGAGGCAGGUUUUAAGGAUGAAUCUGAUUUGGAUGAUACGAUCAAGCAACUGGAUACUGCAAUCCAAAGAGCACGAAAUAAGGAACUGGGUAUUGAAGAGAAUGAAGAAAAGGAGCCACCAGCAACAGACUUGAUUAAUGUUCCAGACGAUCAGUUGGAUGAAGCAGGAAAGAAGGAAAAGAAAAAGCAAAAGUUAAUGAAGGCAAACUACGAUGCUCGUCAGCGAGCUAAAAAGGCCAAGGAAGAGGCUAGACUCAAGGAAGAAGAGGAAGCGAAACUGGAAGAACAGAAACGUAAAGAAGACCCUGCGGGCUGGGUUCAGUCCAUCAAAGAAAAGAGACAACAGGUGAUUGAUCGAUUAAAGAAAAGAAAACGACUAGCUUCAGAGUUGGCAGACCGAAGAAGUCGCGCUUCACAACUUCGUAUGAAGUCCAUCGCUAAUUUAGCAAGUGAUAGUCCAACAUCAAAACGUAGAAGAAAAGGAGCUGAGGAAGACACAUUUGGACAGGAUGAUGAAGAUUGGGCUAUUUAUAGAGAAAUUAGUCGAGAAGAUGAAUCUGAUGAAGAGGAGGAGGAUAUGUCACAGUUGAAUCAGUAUGAAUCUUUACUUUUACAAUAUGAUCCCGACUUUUUACCUGAGCAUCUGUAUGAAUCCAUAUCAUCACCCACAAAUACGUUAAUCCAUCUUUUAACACGAGGCAUGUAUCCUCCUUGGGAUCCUACAGAUAUAGCACAAAGCUAUCAGCUUCAUGUAAAUGUCGAACGCGUCCGAGUGCCUGAAGUCUUGUUUCAGCCCAAUAUCAUUGGCUUGGAUCAAGCUGGUUUGAUAGAAACAGUGAAUGAUAUUGUGAAAACCUUUGAUGUGAAUCAAAGACAAAAGAUAAUGCAGAAUAUAUUCCUUACGGGUGGCUAUAGUCAAGUACCUGGUUUAUCCGAUAGAAUCCAUGCAUCAUUACAAUCCAUUUAUCCUGUAAACACAAACAUUACUGUCAAAAGGGCCAAGGACCCAUUAUUGGAUGCAUGGAGAGGAGCUGCCAUGUUUGGUCAAGACAAUACAAAUAAGCAGUAUUUUGUAACAAGAAAGGAAUAUGAAGAAUAUGGCUCUGAUUAUCUCAAAGAACAUGGCUUGGGCAACAUAAAUUAA